GCAUGCUCACAACCGGAAUCCCUCGUCACGUCAUUACGUCAACUAAACCGAAGCGCUAGCUAAAAACCACCCCGUACGGUACGAAGACAGCACAUAGAGCCCAGAGAAGCAGGGACACCUUGGAACAGGUUGGAAUUUUGGAAAAGGAACGCCCAAGAACAUAGUGAGCUCGCCAGACGGUUACAAAUUUCACAGCUGUCUCGAUUGGAGAGGCAACGCAAUUUCUGAAAAUCCUCCGACUUGUGAAACCACACGGCAUUCCGGACAACCCCCCUCCCCAGAAAAGAAAACAGCUAACGUCCACCGAAAGGCAGAUCCCGUAAUCCCACCUUCAGUUGAAAUAGCCAUGGGGUCCAGAGCGUCGACGUUAUUGAGAGAAGAAGAGAUCGAAGAAAUCAAAAAGGAAACCGGCUUUUCACACAGCCAGAUCACCCGACUCUACAGCCGAUUCACCAGCCUGGAUAAGGGGGAGAACGGCACGCUCAGUCGAGAGGACUUCCAGAGGAUCCCGGAACUGGCCAUUAAUCCGCUGGGUGACAGGAUCAUCAACGCCUUCUUUCCCGAGGGGGAAGACCAGGUGAACUUCCGGGGCUUCAUGCGGACGCUGGCACACUUCCGGCCGGUAGAGGACAACGAGAAGAACAAGGACCCGGCGGCCGGGGAGCCCCUCAACAGCAGAACCAACAAACUGCUCUUUGCCUUCCGGCUCUACGACCUGGACAGGGACGAUAAGAUCUCUCGGGACGAGCUACUGCAGGUCCUCCGAAUGAUGGUCGGAGUGAACAUCUCGGACGACCAGUUGGGCAGCAUCGCUGACCGGACCAUCCAGGAGGCCGACCAGAACGGAGACAACUCCAUCUCUUUCAACGAAUUCAUCAAGGUGCUGGAGAAGGUGGACGUGGAGCAGAAGAUGAGCAUUCGCUUCUUACACUAGAGACGCACUGCCUGAUGGGAUACUUCGAGUGGAGCGGGCCCCAUCUCCUGCUGGAACAAGACCGCCCCUGCCCCCCCUCCCCUCCCCCCCUCGUUCCACUCACAGUGGGGGGGGGGGAAGACAAGCUUUUACCACACAUGCUUUCUGACCAAGAAAAUGGUAGAUAAUGUUGGGUCUCUUUUUGUUAGUGUUUUUAAUAACGGACUUUCUGCCUUGCACUGUUGUGCAAAACAAAGGGAAUCAUUAGCGUGCCUUUGGAGUGUUCCGUACCGCCAUCGCCGUUGGCGAUUUCCAGAAAAGGAGACUUGCAGAUAUUCCAGAAGGUUCUAUUCCAGUUGAAUGCAGUUUUGCAUGUCGGUGAAUAUGGUUACUUCUCGACGGAGGGCUAAGACGCUGACUUUCAUCUGCAGUCUUAGGCUUGUGGGAUGUAGGUGUGUAAGGCGAGACGAUGGAAGAGUAUAUUCACCUGUCUCACUUUGUGAGUGUCCAUUCUCUCGACAAGCUGUUUUAUGUGAUUCUCUAAAUUCUAAAAUGUACAUCGGUCACAGAAGAUGAUGACUUAAAAAAAGGAAAAAAGUAAGUUUAAUUCCCAUACAUGGUACGUGUUUUUGAUUGAGUUGGCUAACCUGCUAAUUGAAUAGCCAUAUGAAACAACUGACCCUUAAAACUGCAGCUAGAAAGCUAUACAUUUUGCAGCGGGCUACAGUUAGAACUACGAAAACAAACCACAUUCCUGUUUGAAUAUGCAUGCAAAUUACUCAGGAACCCCUGCACAUUUUCCGAUUUGCACAAGAGCUCAUCAAACUCUUUGUAAAUGAUGUACACUUUGGGUUUGGGGGAAUCAUGGUAUGCUUUCGGCAAGGAGAGGGGAAACCUCUCCCUCAAUCCCACAGUGUCACGAAUCACAAUGGUAAAACAAACAAAGCUUUUAGAAACUUUGAUUCGACUUCCCUGGCUUUGCACUGCCACCUGUGAAGCUAAUGUUUUCAAGCUAAACAAAACCAAAACCUUAUGAGUUGGGAGGAUCACGGUUGCUGUUCGGAUCAGUAGUCAUUAGUAUUAUUAAAUUAUUAUUACACAACUAAAAUGGGGGUGUUGGGCUUUCUGAAUAGAAGUUAGCCAUACCUUUGUGGCUCUAGCAAAAAAAGCAUUAAACAAAGAAACCGUUCUGGCGCUGUCACCAUGGUGACACCUCACUGACUACUUUGUGGGCUGUUGGCUUCCGGCUUCUGAUCGUAGAUUUCCUACUACCACAGGGGAUUUAUUGACCGUUUCCGUGCAUUGUGCCGAUAAUCCUCGUGCUUUUAUCACUGAUCAGACUGUUGCAUCUUGGGUUCUGUAGUCCCUGAGCUUCUUUUUUUUUUUUUUUUGGAGCUCCUCUUUUUCCAUCAUUAAUGCAUCGUACGUAAAUUAUUUGAGUGGCGCCGGUACCCGGAGCUGUAAUUAUUUUGAUAUCGCUCCACUCUGUCGCGUUCCAGAUAAGCUCGCGAGCUUCGCCCCAACUCUGCUAGCCGAUUGGGGACGUAACCCUCCCCUCCCCGGUGUUCACCCCGGUGCCCACCCCGGUGCCAUGUUGCUUCACUGCGGCCCAUUAGUACCAGGACACUAAUCAGCACCCGGAUGAUUAACUGGCAGGUUAACACAGAAUGCCAACAUCACGUUUUUUUAAAUUUUACUCUGAGGAACGGCAAGUGUGGGAGCGCGGUCUACGACGUUCACUGCUGCUGGCCAUGAGCUGUCCGCAGCCUUCUGUGGGCCUGUGGCCAUUUGCUGGACAGUCAUCAUGUUCUGGCCAACAAGGUGUAGGCCAGACUAGCAUGCAAAACCGAUUUAAUUGUAGUCAAUCAUGGUACAGUGCAUUGUAAUUAAGAGUGAACGCUAUGUCAAUGUUGAGAAUAUAUUAUAUACGUUUGUUUUUUAUGAUUAUAUCAUCAGUUUAUUUAGUUGUAUGCACUUUUAACAUGGGUAUACUGGGGGUUUAGGUUAUUUGUGUAUAUAUAGCUGUGAGUGAACCGUAUGACACGUAUGAGUUCCAGGGGUUAAAAAAAUGUGAUCGCCUCCAUUGUCGAUGACCGAUGUUUUCAGAACGACCAGCUGCACUGCACUAAAACUGUUGAGUAUAGUACUUCUUUUUAUCAAUCAAAAUGUGAUCAUUACAGAGGAAGUGGAUACUAAUCUUUAUUCUGUGAAAUGUUAUGAAAAACCUUGCUCGUGCAUAUAGAUGUAAUUCAACAAAAAUAAAGUGCCAUGCUUGAUAAACUG